AAAAAAAAAAAAAAAUACAUCCAUUCCUUCACUACACACCAAGAUAAAUUUUAAAUGGAUCAGAGAUUAAAAUAAAUGUAACAAAAUGACUUCAUACAAGGACAAAUAGAAUGCAUGGGAAUUUCUCUGUAAAUUGGAUAUAGGGAAAAAUUCCUAAUUGACUCAAAAUUCAUACACACUAAGGAAAAAGAUGAAUAACUUAAUUUUUUUUAAAAACUUGCAUUUCAAGCAAGCACAAUGAACAAAAUGAAAAGCCGGGAACAGUAUUUUCAAAUUAUAUUACAGAUAAAGGGAUUUUAAACCUAAUUUCUAAGGAGUUUUUUUACAAGGAAGGAAGAAGGUCAACAAUCUUAGAAAAAUGGACUAGAUGCAGCAGAAGAGAAAAUGAAAGCAGAAAAUUAUGGAAAAUAGCCAAACGGAAUUAUAAAGAGGAAAAAGAUGGAAAGCAAGCUUUUUUUAAAAAGAGAGAAUGAUCUGCUACAAUACAGGAGGCUGAUCUAGGCAGAGAAAAAAAACAGCCUUUAGAAGUCAUGCAGGGCUAGAGAAAUAAGAUUGAAUACUAGAAGGGCUAAGAUCCUGCUGAGAAGGGAAAGACAGAUGUGAGCCUAGUACUCUUCACAAUACAUAGGCAAAUUUUGAAGCUACAAAACACAGGAGACCAGAAAGCCAAGUAGAAAGCUGUGAAAAACCGUUUUUAGGAGGCUAGUAUUAGAGUUAAAGACCCAGCAUUGAGGACAAGAGGCUUUUGAUGACUAUCCCGGGAUUUCAUUUGGAAAGUCUGGAGAUUUGUGCCUUUUAUGAAGGGACAAAACUAAGGGUAAGUGAAAUUUGAGUCUAGGAAUGGCAAGACCAGCAAGAAGAUCACCAUUGCCAACUGUAGCCUUUACACAAUGGCAUGGCAGCCCAAAUUCAGUCAGCUAUUGAAUUAAGUUUAUUGUCUACUUGCCAAGCUAAAGAAUGUAUGAAUGCUCUCUUUAGAAGAUAACAUCAUAUGGAGCCUCGACACCUUCUUAGACACAAUGUCAAGCCUUUAGUAAAAUUAUACUAGACAUUCAAGAGAUGGAACUGAAAACCAAGAGAAAGAGCACACAAUAGAAAUAUGCCCACAGAUGAUUUAGGCAGUGGAGUUAAGACCAGGACUUGAAAUAACAAUGAUAAUGUGUUCAAGAAAAUAGAAGACAAGGAGAAAAUAAAUAAAAGGGAAAUUUCCCCCCAGAUAAUUGGAACUUGUGGGAGAUAAAAAGAAUCAGAUGGAUAUUCUAGAGCUGAGAAUUGCAAUAACUGAAAUUAAGAACUCAGUCAAUGGGUAUAAAAUCAAAUUAGACAAUGGCGAGCCCAAAAAUAAACCCUCAUAUAUAUAGUCAAAUGAUUUUCCACAAGGAUGCCAAGACCAUUCAAUGGGGAAAAGAUGUCUCUUCAACAAGUGGUGUUAGGAAAACUGUAUAUUCAUAUGCAAAAGAAUGAAGUUGGACCCUUACUUUAUAUCAUAUGCAAAAGUUAAAAUGGUCCAAAGACCUAAGUGUAGGACCUAAAACUGUACAACUCUUGGAAGAAAACAUAGGAAAAAAGCAUUAAGACGUUGUAUUUCUUGGAUAUGACAACAAAAGCACAGGCAACAAAUGUAAAAAUAGACAAAUUGGACUAUAUUAAAAUUUAAAACUUCUGGGCAUCACAGGACACAAUAGAGUGAAAAGACAGCCUACAGACUAUGAGAAAAUACUUGCAAGUCACACAUCUAAUAAAGGGUUAAUAUCCAAAUUACAUAAACAACUUGUACAACUUAAAAACAAAAUAACCCAAUUAAAAAAUAUACAAAGGACUUGAAUACUCAUUUCUCCAAAGAUGAUACGCAAACAGCCAACAAGCAUAUGCAAAUAUGCUCAAUACCACAAAUCAUCAGGAAAAUGCAAAUCAAACCACAACGAGAUAUCACAUCACACCAAUUAGGAUGGCCACUAUUAAAAAAAAAAAAUUAAUAAGCAUUGGCAAGGAUGUAGAAAUUGGAAUGCCUAUACACUGUUGGUGGGAAUAUAAAAUGAUGCAGCUGGCUUUGCAGACACUGCUGCCCCCCAUCAGCCCCUGUCACUAGGCCAUGGUCAUCCCCACUGUGCCCUUCAACAUCACCAUCAACAGCAAGCCCUUGGGAGACAUCUCCUUUCAGCUAUUUGCAGACACAUUUCCAAAGACAGGAGAAAACUUUCACACUCUGAACAAUAAAGACAAAGGAUUUGGUUAUAAAGAUUCCUGCUUUCACAGAAUUAUUCCAGAGUUUAUAUGGAAUAUCGAGGUUGAUGACUUCACACACCAUAAUGGCAUUGAGGGCAAGUCCCUCUAUGGGGAUAAAUUUGAUAAGAACUUUAUUGUGAAGCAUACAGGUCUUGGCAUCUUGUCUGUGGCAAAUGCUGGACCCAAAACAAAUGGUUCCCAGUUUUUCAUCUGCACUGCCAUGGCCAAGUGAUUGGCUGGCAAGCAUGUGAUCUUUAUUGUGGAAGCCAUGGAAUGCUUUGGGUCCAGGAAUGGCAAGACAAGCAAGAAGAUCGCCAUUGCCGACUGCAGACAACUCUAAUAAAUUUCACUUCUGUUUUAUCUUAACCACCAGACCUUUCCUUUUGUAGCUCAGGAGAGCACCAUUCCACCCCAUUUGCUCACAGUAUCCUAUAGUAUUUGUAUUCUCACUGCAGUUCUUUGAGUUCUACAUUUUCAUUAUAUCCCUCCACAUAUAGCUGGAUUGCAGAGUUAAGUUUAUGAUUAUGAAAUCAAAACUAACAAAAAAAAAAUGAUGCAGCCACUAUGGAAAACAGUAUCACAGUUUCUCAAUUAAACAUUGAAUUACCAUAUGAUUCAGCAGUUCCACUCCUGGAUAUAUAUCCAAAAGAACUGAAAGCAGGAUUCCAAAGAAAUACUUGCACAUCCAUGUUCAUAGCCAUACUAUUCACAGUAGCCAAGAGGUGGAAGCCAUCUGUGUGCCCAUCCACAGAUGAAUGGAUAAACAAAAUAUGGGAUAUACAUACUAUGAAUACAGCCUUAAAAAGGAAGGAAAUUCCAACGCAUGCUGCAACAUGGAGGAAUCUUGAGGAAUUACGGUAAGUGAAAUAAGCCAGUCACAAAAAGGCAAAUACUGAAUGAUUCCACUUACGUGAGGUAUCUAGAGUAGUCAUAUUCAUAGAGACAGAAAAUAGAAUGAUUGCUGCCAGCAACUGGGAGGAAGGGGCUGUGAAAAGUUUUUUAAUGGAUAUUGAGCCUCAGUUUUCCCAGAUGGAGACGUUCUGAAGGUUGGUUACCUGAUGUGAACAUACUAAACACUACUGAACCAUAUACUUAGAAUGGUUAAGAUAAAUUUUAUGAGUUUUCACUACAAUAACAAGUAGAACAGUAAACCAGAUGAUUAGUCACAGCAGAAAAGAUGAAAGAUAGGUCAAAACAGGUUAUUAGAAAAUAUCCCAACUGAUUUAUAAAGACAUAAAGGAAUUUGUGGAGGCAGAGGGGAGAUAAGGGAAUAAAGGACAUGUGGGUCACAUCCAAAAAAAAUCUAACAUACAGAAUCCCAGGAGAAGAGGAGAGAGAACAAGGCAGGAGCAAUGUUUGAAGAGGUAAUGGCUCAGAAUUUCCUAAAAAUUAUGAAAGACAUUAUUUCACAGAAUCAAGAAAGUGUGUGAUCCACAGAUAUAAAUACAAAGAAGCCUUACUAGAACAUCAUAACAAAUUGCCGAAAACAAAAGACAGAGUAUAAUCUUAAAAGAUAGAGAAAAGAACGCACUUUCAAAUGUCCAAGACCGACAGCUGACUUCUCAGUAGGAGCAGUGGAACCAGAAGACAACAGAGUGACAUUUCAAUUGCUGGAAGAAAACAGCACCAACCUAGACCUCUGUACCCUGCAAAUAUCCUUUAAAAAUGAAGCAAAUAAAGUAAUCAUUAUGUGUGUUAUUGGCAAAAUGAUAGACCAACAGAACAGUGGAACAGAAGAGAGAGGCCAAGAAUACACCCUUACAUAUAUGGUCAAAUGAUUUUCUCAAAUAUGGUCAAAUUAUUUCCUCAAAGGGCACUAGAUCAUUUGAAUGAAGGAAAUAAAAUCUCUUUAAUAAAUAUGUCUAGAACUCAUGGAUAUGCAUAUAGAAGAAAAAACCUAACCCAUACCUCACAUCAUCCACAAAAAUCAACGUGAGAUAAAUUAUAGACAUAAAAGUAAAGCUAAAGCAAUAAAGCUACCAGAGCAAAACAUAAGAUAUUCUCCUUAAAUUCUUGGUGUAGGCAGAGACCUCUUAGAAAGCAUGAACUAUACAAGAAAAAAAUAAUUGGUAAGUUGGACUUCAUUACAGUUUCUCAGCUGGGCAUGGUGGCUCACACCUCCAAUCCCAGCACUUUGGG